CUGGAAGAAAAGGGAAAGGGGAAAGGUGGUUCAUCCCUGACUCUAACUUUUUGAUGACUCUGCAGAACAGUCAACAAUUCAGCAUAAGCACUCCCGGAGUCACACUGGCAUGUUGUGACAGAAUCGCACAAUGACACAGAAAUAAUUCCAUUCUAGAAAUGCCUGAACAGCAAACUAAAGAAGCAAGUGGAAUCAAAUGUGAGAGCCAGCCUGGCCUGAGAGAGACCUAAAACUCUGACUCUCCCAUCUACAGAGAAAGCUUCUCACUAGGACAUGGAAUAGAGGACACAGAAAAUGUCAGCAAGACUUCUAAGAACAGUCCUCAUUUUGCUCUUCCUUGGUUUCUUUGGAGUUUUGGAAGCAACAAAAAUAUCGUGCCGAAAUGAAGACGGAGACCCUGUGGAUUGGUUUACCUUUUACAAGUUACCCAAAAGGCAAGAUAAGAAAAGUAAAGACAUUGGGUUAGAAUACCUAUACCUAGACUCUACAACUAGAAGCUGGAGGAGGAGUAAACAACUAAUAAAUACUACCAAGAGUGCUGUGGGAAGGACCUUACAGCAGCUGUAUGAAGCACAUGCCUCCCAGAAAAACAGCACUGCCUAUCUCAUAUACAAUGAUGGUGUCCCUAAUGCUGUGAACUACAGCACAAAACAUGGACACACCAAAGGCUUACUGCUGUGGAACAAAGUCCAAGGAUUCUGGUUGAUCCAUUCUAUUCCCAGGUUUCCUCCCAUUCCUGCAGAAGGCUAUGAUUAUCCACUCACCGGGAGACGAAAUGGACAAACUGGCAUUUGCGUAACUUUCAAGUACAGCCAGUAUAAAGCAAUAGAUUCUCAGCUCUUGAUCUACAACCCAAAUGUAUACAGCUGUUUCAUCCCAGCCACUUUUCACCAGGAGCUUGUUUACAUGCCCCAGCUAUGUGCAGGGACCAGAUCACAGAAGAUCCCUGCCAGGCACCUCACCACACUUCGAUCAGCCCAGGGACAAAAAUUUCUCCAUUUUGCAAAGCCUGCUUCUUAUUUCGAUGACAUCUUUGCAGCUUGGAUGGCUCAACAAUUGAAGACACAUUUGCUAACAGAAACCUGGCAACGAAAGAGACAAGAGCUUCCUUCCAACUGCUCUCUUCCUUACCACGUCUACAAUGCCAAAGCAAUCAAGAUAUCUGGACAAUCUUAUUUCAGUUCUUAUCAGGAUCAUGCUAAAUGGUGUGUUUCCAAAAGGGGGGCCAAAAAUCAAUGGACAUGUAUUGGAGACUUAAAUAGGAGUCCAUACCAAGCUUUCAGAAGUGGAGGGUUCAUUUGUACACAGAAUCAGCAUAUUUACAAAGCAUAUCAAGGAUUAGUUUUACGUUAUGACAACUGUAGCUAAACUUGGUGAAAGUAUAUAUGUAGCAUCCUUUUGAACAUUGAUGAAUAGCCUUCUUUUAAUAGAUUUAUUCUUAAUAUAUAUAAAAUCUUUGAAUGUUCUUAUAGUCCACAUAUUAUGAAAAAAAUAUUUUUCUCCUGUAUCUACAAAUUUGUUACCCAAUUAGUGAUCUCUCUACUUCAUAUUUACACAUCAUAAAUAAAAACUAUUACAUAUAACUAAAAUGAUAAUGAAAGAAAAACUGUGUCCCAAAUUAGUCAGUUUUCAAUUACUCAUUGAUUAAUUGGUCAUUGUAUAGGUUAAGUCUUAUUUUCUACAUAAAGACAGUCUUCAUGUCUUAUUCCAUCUUUCUAUGAAAAAAAACUUUUUCUCUCUUUCUUACAGUUUUUUUCUAGUCUUUCUCUCUCACUCACUCGCUCAGCCUCUCUCUCACUGAUCUAUUUCUCUAUGCGCCAUACUAUUUCAUCAUAUUCUUCUUAAAGUUCUUUUUCACUGGUUUAUGGUAAUGUAUCCAUUCUUAUGGUAAUGUGUCCAUUCUUAUUGCUGCUCCUACUUGCAUAUUGUAUAACUUUGAUCCAUUCACUGAAUUCCUGAGCCUUUGAAUAGAGAGAAAUGUUGUAUUCAUUCACUAUUGAAUUAAAAAGUAUGUUUUGAGCACACAUCACAGAGCCU